AUGGGUUAUAAAAAUCACCCCGCCUAUCAGGCAUAUCUCAAUGGUGGAGUGCGACCAGAUCCUCGGCUCCUACCUCGCGUUCAGCAAAACACCGACGGCCAAUACUUUAUUAACCCAGGCGAACGGUAUUGUCGAUGGGUCGAGCCAGAUGGCAUGAUUUGCUCUCAGGACAAACUUUUUCUAAGUCCGAGUAAUCUGCGAAACCACUACUUCAGGGUGCACGAAAAGGUCCUUGAGAAAAGGCAAGACGGCAGGAACAAAGGCAUGACCGAGGAUGACCUUGUUCGCUGGUACUCAGCUCUUACGGCAAACAUUGCGCACGACUGGUCGCCACGAAAAGCCAAGGAACGUGGCAAGUCCCCGCCGCCGCAACCGAAGCCCUCGUUGCUUAGCCUCAUGGGAGGAGAACCUACUCCGCUGUAUGGGCCUGGUUCAGACCCAGUACCAGAGGAAGAUUCCGAUGACGGCCCCCCCAACGACUCUCCCACCGCUCUCCGAAGUCAGCGCGCCAACCACAGCAGUGAAGCCCGUGAACCGACCGAGGGCGAUGAUAGCCACAUAGUUCCUGAGUCUGAUUCACCCGGUCCCUCGAACAGGUCCAAACGCCCUGCCCACAUUUUGCCUCAUAUGCACACUCAAAAAUCGGCUUCAUACAAAUUACCGACAGUUAUGUCAUCGCAGAACAUUGUUUCAUCUCCAAGCGGUAUACCUUUCAGCUUGGCCAUUGAGUUCUGGUCAAUGCUCCCUCAUCAAUCAAGGCUUCUUCUCAUAUCUUCUACCACAGACGGAAUUAUUACAUAUAUUAGGAAACAAAACUUAUACACUUUAAAAACAUUCCUUGAACACUAUUAG